AUGGAAAGGAAUUAUGGCUUCAAUGAAAUUCUCAAGGUAUGUAUUUCUAACUUCGCACAAUAAAACCUAGUGAAUUGUUAUUGCUUUUUAAAAAUGAAAAGGGCAUGUAUUUACUCUGUUAUAUCAAGACUUCUGGAAGAUAGCAAGACCACUCCAAUUCCAUAAUAAUUACACUAUAUUUUUUAAUUCAAUUUGUCAAUCACAGAAGGAAAAAAACGCAAGGAUGGAUAGUCUGAAUUUAUUUUGCAUUGGUAAUUUCACUCUCCUCGUUAACUAUAUAUUUCUAAAAACAUAUUGCUUUUAGUGAAACUCUUGGAUGUGGUUUUAGUCUUGUCAAAGGAAUGAGUUAUCGGAGCGUGACUUGGCUUUAGUCUAUUGUUUUAUAAAUGAACUGACAACAUUAACUAGAAAAUGCAUUUAAAAUAUAGAUGCAAUAAAAAUUCUCACAUUUGCAGUUCCUGCAGCAAACCCCCAUUCUCUGCAGGGAGUCCUCACCAAAUCAGGACGUUAUCUUGGAGGCUCAUGAUGGGACGUUAAUAUGUUGUAGCUUUGUUAAGAACAUCCCAUAUACAUGGCUUUAUGGGCUUUGCAAGGACUUCUGGUGGUUAUAGUCUAGUCGCUAAUUUUCUGGUGUAGAAAGCCAGCAAUAAAACUACUGUUCCCAAAAAUGUCACUACAUCCAUAUUUAAUUAUCAGAAUAUUCCCUUUUGCAGAUAUUAUCUUGUUGCUUGAGCUUUAACUUAACAUAAUUUGAGGGGAAUAAUCUAUUAUGCUCUUUUGUGAGAAUAUAGUUUGCACAGCAUUUUGAAUCCAGAAGUAAAGAUUCCCCCACUUUCUAAAUUCUAAUCAAAUUAUUGUGCUGCAAAAGAGUGUUUUUAGUUCAUGAAUUUUAGAUAUUCAUGUUGAAUAAAAAGGACCAGGACCGAUUAUUAAAUGUUUUUUAAAUAAUUCAGUUUUAUUUUAUUGUCCACGUAUGAAAGAUCCUUCCAAUCAAGGGAAUAAGUUAAUACGGCACGGUCAUGGCCGCAUCCCUUUUUUAUUUAACCCCCCUCCCGUAUACACUACAUCUUAUUGCCCCCCUAGUUACCUCCAAAUGCACCUAGGUGCCCCAUUUUACCUUUUUUGUAAAAACCUUUUGUGACCGGACCUAGGUCAUGGACGCCGCCAUCUUGGUGUGGGCCGAUGAAGGCCCUGUGGGACACGUCAACUGCCCACACUAGAUAGCACUGUGAAAUUCCUGCGCUUGCCCAGUUAAACACUUGGGCAUUCGGAUGGGAAAUUCAGCCAUUUAUUCGUCAAAGACGGAUAAAUGAAUAGAAAUUUUAAACGAAUGAACGAAGACCUCUUAGUCGGUUUAUUACAAGGAGGGAGCUACCGGCUUGCGGCUCCCUCCUUGUAUGUGAAAAUAGAAGCGGCUGGGAGCAGUGCUCCCCACUACUUAUGAACUCACUGUUAAAAAAAAGAAAAAAGAGCCCCCCACUCCCUAAGCCACUAGUCACCCCCCUCCCCAAAAAUUAAAUUCUACCUACUCCUACCUAAAAACAAUCUAUACUUACCAUUAGAUGUAGUCUUUUUUCUUAAACCUUCUUUUUUCAGCCCCAAAAAAGGCCAAAUAAAAGCCAUAAUUCCCGUUAAACUUUAAAUAUAAAAAAGAAAACCCGAACGCAAAAAAAACUGAAUUUUUUUUAAAUCCAUCUUCACCCAGUGAGGGCACCAAGUGGACUAAGCUCCGCAGGGCGGGGAAAGGCUUAUAAAGCCUUUCAACGCCCUGCAAUUUGGCUCGGAGCGCUCUGAUUGGUUAAAGCCAGCCAAUAGGAGUGUUCUGAUAGGUAAAUUUGAGCCUUGCUUGAUUGGUAACUUGAUAGUAGAUAGCUCCCUGAUACCGUGGGAAUUAGGGAGCUAUUUACUAAGCAUUUGCAAGAUGCAGCCGUGGCACGAAUAGGAUUGGCAUUUCAUUCAUUCAAAUGAAAUUCCAUUCUGAACAGAAAGUGCCAAAUUAUGUCGUAACAUGAAUGAACAAACUGUUCUCAUUCUGUUAGGUCGAAAUUCGGUAGUUUUGUCGGCGUCCUGUCUGUGACACGGAGUUAGGGAAUACUGACCGGAAGCAUCACAAGAUCACGGAGGAAAGGGUGAGUUUUGUGGGAAAAUUUAUCUGACCCACAGGAAAUAGGUCCUGAGGGAGAGAAGAUGAAGCGAUUGGGGAAAGGUAAAUUCGGCAUGACAAUGCCACUUUAAGGUGGAAUAAAAAGAAGGGAAUUCAAUCCCUUGGCGUAGGAUAUUAAAUAAAGGGUUUAUUUUAUUUCAAAAGCUGAUCUCUCUGAGAAAAUAAUUAAAAAUUGUUAUUUCUGAAAAAACAAUUCAUUUCAAAGGAAUGCAGAUUAUUUUGACAAUAACUGUUUUAUUCAUUUUAUCAUUUUAUUUAUUUUUUUAUUUUUUCAAAAUGUUUAAAUGUUUCUGAAGGAAAAAAAGUCUGUAAGAGAAUUGGGAGUCCCUGCUCAAUAGGUCUUUAUGUAUAACUAUUGUGUACUGUCAUUUUGUUUUUAGCACAUCAAUGAACUUUCUAUGAAGAUGGAUGUAAAUGAUGUUUUAAGCAAAGCUGAAGCAAUUUCUUUGCAGAUGAUGAAGUGCAAGGUAUUUCAAGAUCAUAUCGUGUCAUCCAGCUCACUGUUGCUGUCACGUUUUGCAAUGACAGGGUUUUCCCUUUAUAUUUUGAUCAUUGGAAAUUGUAGCUUCGAUUUGUUUUUAAAUGAGUAGUAAACAUGAACACCCAUUCAUAGAAACUGCAUUUGAUUUGAUUUGAAAUUACGCCACUUAUUGUAUAAAGAGGUGGGCAACAAAGUUGACACGUAUCAAAGGUAGAAAAUUCUGCACUUUUUGUUUUACAUAUAGACUAUAUUUCUACUUCUUCUGAUCUUGGUAAAACAUUUAAUAUUCAUGUAAUUUGUGAAAAAAGAAAAAUACAAGCAAAGACAUUCUGUUGGACCCCCAAUCAUUUAUUCACUAAGUCCGAUAAAGGAACUUCAGUUACAGGUUUGUUUUUUUUUGCGAGGGGAGGGAGGGAUUUAUUUUGUUUUGGGUUUUUUCCCCAUCUUUUUUCUCAUGAACACACAUGCUUGCACAAUAAAAGCCCCCACCCCCAGAACAUCUAGGAAAAAAGUCUGAAAAAUUACUCACCAAUGCAACUUGUAAAUAAAAGUUUAGUGGGUCAUUUUGAAUGGGAUCAACAGUCCUCAUACUCUGAUAAUAUUGUCGUCUUAUGUGUAAAAAAUAUAGUCUUUAUAUGCUUCAUGGAGCCAAGACUUGAAAACAUGGAAAAUGGACAUGUGUUUAAGGACAAAUAAGAUGCAAUUCAUGUUGUUAUAUAAAAAUAUUUUAACUCUCUGCUUGUAAUGUUAUGUUGGAGAAGAUUAUUGUGGUUAUAAAGGAUGUUAUAUAUGUUUUAUGCAAAGGAAAAUUAUUGAUGGUAUUAAAUAUAUAUGUUUGAGUUUAAUUUGACAUUAAUACUUAUAGACUAACAUUGUUUAUUUAUCCUAAAACCCCAAAAUGUAUUUGAGAUAUUAAAAUAGAUUUUAAAUAUCCACACCUCUUUAUCCUUCUACUCUGUGCCUUCAUCUUAUCUCCCCGUCAGGCAUGGUUUUAGGCUCUGUCCUUUGCACCUGGCAGUCAGCAUAGAGAAAUUGUACAACGUAAAGGAGACAUUAAACUGUUUCUAUGUCUCUCCUAGUUUGCAAUGUUUACUCUGACCUUGCCUGAACUGGAUUUGAUGUAAUUGGUUGUUUUUUGUUUUUUUUUAUUAAAAAGAAAACCGCAUCCCAUGAAAAAAACCUAUUAACAGAAAGUAUAGGUGAUUUUCAAUGUUUUGUCAAUGGUGUAAUUUUCAUAGAUGUUUAACCUUUGACUAAUUUAAACAAUCUGCCACCUACCUGGCUUUUUUAUAUUGUGUGUGUGUGUGUGUUCUAUUUAGGUAGCAGUAAGUAAAUUUGGAGGCAGAGCAGCCUAUCUGCCUCACACAGGAGUUUGAAAACACCAUGUCUAGGAUAAAAGUGUAUGUAUCUUAAAGAUACCAUGUCAUCCUUGGAGUUAUGGAACCAUACUUUGUACUUUAACUUCUACGAAAAAAGGGCAUGGUUGGAAAAAGUAGAGGUUUUUUUUUUUGUAUUUGAUUUUAAUGAUGCAUCAUCUGUCUUUCGUAUGUAAACAUUUUACUAAUUGUCUCUCGUUUACAUCAUCCUUCAGGAUUUGCCUCAAGCAGUGUGUGAAGUUCUUGGACUCAAGAGCAACUCUGUUCCCACUACAGUUGGAGGCUUUAGUGAAGAAAACGUUGCCAAGAAAACUCAUCACAAGUCUCCACCACAAAAUGUCUCUGUGCCUGUACUUGCUGCCAAUGGCACGCAACGCAACUCUCUGCCAAAAAGUAUUCACACACUGUCUGCCUGA